AUGGAUGCGAAGACAUCUACACCACAGCAUGAAGAUGGGGAGGGUGGAGGCGAUAGGGUAGUCAAGGAAGACGAGACACGGAGCCAGAGGUCAAGGAGUCCCAUUGAUCGACAGUAUGCUUCACAAGGCGAUAUACCGAAGCGUAUACACAUUCUCGGAACAGGCAGUAUUGGCAAGCUGGUUGCCCAUUCACUAAAAGGCAUUGCGGAUCCUCCGCCUGUCACAUUGCUAUUGCAUCGAUAUCCACUGCUCAAGGCAUUUGAGAGAGGGAACAAGCAGAUCACUAUUCAGGACGAUGAUCAGAGUGUCAGCAGGGGAGGAUUCGAAUACGAGCUGCUUCCUGAGGUGCGCAAGCAGCAUGGAGUGGAAGUUCAGAAGAACUUGCCGGACGUGUAUGAUAUUGCAGGCGAGGAUCUGCGACCACACAAGAUUGCGGAGCGUGUUCGAGAACGUCAGACAUCCCAGGAUGGCAAGGCUGCUGUGGAGCACGACCCUUCAGCGAAUGAACAGGUAGCUCAAGAGGCACCAGCAGAGCAGCAUGAGCCAGAACUCGAGGUCCAGAAGCCUUCGGUAGAUCAAGAAGCAUUGGAAAGACAUGAAGAUGUUGAGCAACCCAAAGGCGAAGUAGCAGCAGGCGACCCACAUACUGCUGAAGAUACUCCAAUCGCCGAAUAUCAACCCUUUGGUGGACCAUCACGAGUCUACAAUACCUCUCGCGGCAAAGGCGGCUAUGCCUACUCUUCAGACGCGAUACACAACCUCAUCGUCACCACAAAAGCCGCCUACACUGUCCCUGCGCUUUCCACAAUCCGACAUCGCCUCACACCAGAAAGCACAAUCUGUUUCUUGCAGAAUGGCAUGGGAGUCGUGGACAACGUGAACAAGGAGCUCUUUCCCGAUCCUGCGACACGACCCAGCUAUGUGCAGGGCAUCGUGACACAUGGCGUGAACGUACCACCGGAAGUGACGGAGCGAAAUCCAUUCUUCGCGGUUCACGCAGGCCACGGCACAAUAGCACUGGGUGUGUUACCUCGAACACCCCUAUCCGCCUCCUCCGAACCAGCAGAUACACCAGCAUCUUCGGACACAGACGGCAAACCAGCAAGCGAAAACGAGAAAUGGGUCCCCAGCGCCCGCUACAUCCUGCGCACCCUCACACGCACCCCCGUCCUGUGCGCUGUAGGCUUCACCCCGACUGAACUCCUCCAACUCCAAUUAGAAAAGCUCGCCGUCAACAGCGUGCUCAACCCACUCACCUCCCUGAUAGACGCGCGAAACGGCCAGAUCCUCUACAACUUCGCUCUAACACGCACCAUGCGUCUCCUUCUCGCCGAAACCAGCUUGGUAAUCCGCAGCCUGCCAGAACUCCAAAGUAUACCUAACAUAUCCACGCGAUUCAGUGCAGAGAGGUUGGAGAUGCUGGUUGUGUCCGUGGCGAAUAAAACGAAAGAUAAUAUUUCUUCCAUGCUUGCGGAUGUGAGGGCGGGGAGGAAGACGGAGAUUGAGUUUAUUAAUGGGUAUAUUGUUCGAAGGGGCGAGGAGGUGGGCGUGAAGUGUGUGGUGAAUUAUGGAAUUAUGCAGACGGUUGUCGGGAAGGCGAUGGUCACGCAGAGGGAGGUGCGGGAUGCUGUGCCGUUGCAGCGAUGA